AUUAUCACAAUUUAGAAUCUCAAUUGACUUUCUUCACGCCAAUGCUAUCCUAUUUUUCCAGAAAUUUUCCACAUCCUAUAUAGAUGUGUGUGUACAUAUGUUACAACAUAAACAUACAUUGUGCUACACAAUCUAAUAUUUUUUGAACAUAUUUUCGCUCGAAAAUGGAAAAACGAUUCUCAUUAUUUUUCAUGGUUACGUUAUUCCUUCUUCAAUUCAUACAAUUUUGUGGUGCCGCCGUGGACUAUAUCCGUCCAAGUGCUCGGCAACUCAGUUUCCGGGCACAUAACGGGUCAGAUUCCGAACCUCAGCAGGUACAUAUUUCAUUGGCGGGGAAAGAUUACAUGAGGGUUUCUUGGAUUACGACAGAUAAGCAAGUGAAAUCCAUUGUUGAAUAUGGAAAAUCUCCGGGGAUAUAUGAGUCAUCAGCCACCGGAGAAAGCACUUCCUACAAGUACUUCUUUUACAGUUCCGAUGAAAUUCAUCAUGUUAAAAUUGGACCAUUGGAUCCAAGUACAACUUAUUACUACAGGUGUGGUGGCGCUGGCCCAGAGUUCAGCUUCCUAACGCCGCCUUCUACUUUUCCUAUUGAAUUCGCCAUUGUAGGAGACCUAGGACAAACCGAAUGGACAAAAUCAACCUUAGACCAUGUUGGUGCAAUGGAUUACGAUGUAUUUCUUCUACCUGGCGAUCUUUCCUAUGCUGAUACUCAGCAACCAUUAUGGGACUCAUUUGGUCGACUGGUCGAGCCAUAUGCAAGCACUAGGCCUUGGAUGGUCACUGAAGGAAACCAUGAAAUUGAAGCAUUCCCAAUCAUUAAUUAUCCUCGGCGCUUUAAAGCCUACAAUGCAAGAUGGCUCAUGCCAUAUCAAGAAAGCGGGUCCAAAUCUAACCUGUAUUACUCGUUCGAUGUUGCUGGGACCCACAUUAUUAUGCUCGGAUCGUACACGGACUUUGACUCUGAAUCAGAUCAGUACAAGUGGCUUCAAGCUGAUUUGGCAAACGUUGAUAGGCAAAAGACACCUUGGGUGGUUGUCCUCCUACAUGCACCAUGGUACAAUUCUAAUCAAGCUCACAGAGGGGAAGGCGAAAGCAUGAGGCAAGCCAUGGAAGAGGUGUUGUACAAGGCACGAGUUGACGUGGUCUUUGCAGGACAUGUUCACGCAUAUGAACGCUUUACUAGGGUUUUUGAUAACAAUGCUGACCCAUGCGGUCCUGUUUAUAUUACCAUUGGAGAUGGAGGAAACAGAGAAGGGCUUGCUAUGAAGUUUGUGAACCCUAGUCCUUCAAUCUCAGUCUAUCGAGAGCCAAGCUUCGGACAUGGGCGAUUGAGGAUGCACAAUAACACACAUGCCCAAUGGUCAUGGCACAGGAACAACGAGACUGAUGCAGUUACGGCAGAUGAGCUCUGGUUAGAAAGCUUAAGCUCCUCUACACUUUGCAACCAAGUUGAAAUGCCAUCAAAAUCGCUCAAAGAUGAACUCUAAAUAUAGGAUUAGUAUUCUUUCUCUUGAUCAUACAGUUUGUGAUUUUUUUUUUAGGUUUUUUUUAUCGUGUUUUUAGUAUAAAAAACAAAAAAAUAAUAUAUUUAUCGGCAUUAUGUAAUUAUAACU